GCGCCUUGUUCCAGGAGUUCAAGGAGGAGAUGGAGACCGUCUACAAGAUCUACUGUGCCAGCUAUGAGCAUGCCCUUCUGCUGGUGGAGAGCUACCGCAAGGACCCCCGGCUGCAGGAGGAGAUCUUGGAAACCCUAAAUGCCACAGUGCCUCACACGGGUGCAUUGGACCUCAGCUUCUUCCUGGUGAUGCCGGUGCAGAGGGUCACCAAAUACCCACUGCUGCUGGGGAAGAUCCUGGAGAACACCCCCCCCAGCGCCAGCGCUUACCCAGCCCUGCAGGCAGCCGUCCGCACCAUGGCCCAGGUCAACACCAACAUCAACGAGUACAAACGGCGCAGAGAAGUAGCAACCAAAUACAACAAGGCUGAGCACCUGACGCUGCGAGACCGCUUCGCGCGCCUCAACACGCACUCCAUCGCCAAGAAGACCACGCGGCUGAGCCGACUCUUCAUGCACGAAGCCGGCAUCGUGGCCAAGACGGAGGACAGGGAGUAUGAUGACCUGGAGGAGAAGUUCCAGUGCGUGGUGUCCAGCGUGGCUGUGCUGAAGGAGAACAUGGCAUCCUACCUGGACCAUUUAGAGGCGUUCCUGUUGCCCACCCCACACAAGCGUGACCUGCAGAUCGAUGAGGGACCUGCCCAACAGUACCGCCGCUUUGCAGAGUACCUCCAUUGCACUGUUUUCCCAGAGUUUAAGCGACGGCUGGACAGGCUGGUCUGCCAGCCCCUCUGCAGCCUCUCAGACAUGCUGGUGGGGCCACAACAGCUGGUCAAGAAGCGCCUGGCCAAGCUGCCGGACUAGAGGAAGAGCGAGAUGGGCAGCGUGACGUAUGACGAGGAGGCAGCCAUGAACACCUACCUCGCCAUCAAUGCCCUGCUCGUGGCCGAGCUCCCACGGUUCAACCAGACAGCUCUGCAGCUCCUGGGGCAGAUACUGUGCUCCUUCAGUGCCCUGCAACAGGACUUGGCUGCCCAGGUCCUGCACCAGGCAGAAAAGGAGCUAGAGCAGAUGCCCCAUGGCCGCAUGCCUCUGCCCAGUUUCUGGAAGAUGGUGGAGGACACCUUGCAGCAGUCUGGUGCUCAGCUCCGUACCUUCUGCCAGACAUUUGAGACUGUCACGCCGAGCCCUGUGACACAGCCUCUGAACCCUGCCGAGGAGCGGAAGGUCCUUUCUCUUGUGAGCAAGCAUGGCCCAGACAAACUUUACCAAGUGACAAGCAACAUCAGUGGCAGCAAAGACUUGGACCUGACCUUGCAAAGGGGACAGAUUGUAGCUCUGCUGCAAAGUGUGGACACUAAGGGGAACACGAGCAGAUGGCUGGUGGAUGCUGGAGGUCCUCGAGGGUUUGUGCCUGCUGGAAAACUCCAGCCCUAUUGCCCAGUACAAAGCCAGCAGCCCGGGAUGCAGAUGCCAGCCCUGGAGAGCAGCACAGAGAGAAGACGACAUUCAUAUGUGUCACCUGAAGCUCCCAGACCCCAGAUGGCCACCUUCACUCCAGCUUUCCAGGUGGUCGCCGGCUUCUCCUUCGCAGCCAGGAGUCCGCAGGAGGUGAGCCUCCAGGCAGGGCAGCCCGUGGUGGUGCUGGAGCCGCACGACAAGAAGGGGAGCAAGGAGUGGAGCCUGGUGGAGGUGAAUGGCCAGAGGGGCUACGUGCCCUCCAGCUACCUGGUGACUGUCCCUGUGCCCGAGCCCAUGGGCUGGAGCUUGCCUGUGUGA